AAGUGUCAGGCCGAUGUGCAGCCCGCGAGGGGCCGGGGUCGGGGCCGCCGGGGCCAUGCGCGCGGGCUGGGCAGGGGACCCGCGGGGCGCAGAGCGUAGCCGCUUCGGAGCCUGAGCCUCCCGGGGCCGCGGCCGGGGAGCCGCGCGGGGCCGGCCGGCCGGGGGGAGGGGAGCGAUGCGGCGCCGGCGGGCCGCGGUGGCCGCGGGUUUCUGCGCCUCCUUCCUGCUGGGCUCGGUCCUCAACGUGCUCUUCGCACCGGGCUCGGAGCCUCCGCGGCCAGGCCAGUCCCCCGGGCCCUCGCCAGACCCGGGCCCGGGCCGUCGCGGGGGCCGCGGGGAGCUGGCCCGUCAGAUCCGAGCGCGCUACGAGGAGGUGCAGCGCUAUUCCCGCGGGGGCCCCGGUCCCGGGGCCGGCCGGCCGGAGCGGCGGCGCCUGAUGGACCUAGCUCCGGGCGGCCCGGGCCUGCAGCGUCCCCGCCCCCCGCGGGCCCGGCCCCUGCCCGACGGCGCUCCGGGCUGGCCCCCGGCUCCUGGCCCGGGCUCCCCCGGCCCGGGCUCCUCCGGCCCGGGCCCGCGCCUGGGCUGCGCCGCGCUCCGCAACGUGUCCGGCGCACAGUACGUGGGCUCCGGCUACACCAAGGCCGUGUACCGGGUCCGCCUGCCCGGCGGCGUCGCGGUGGCGCUCAAGGCGGUGGACUUCAGCGGCCACGAUCUGGGCAGCUGUGUGCGCGAGUUCGGGGCGCGGAGGGGCUGCUAUCGGCUGGCGGCCCACAAGCUGCUCAAGGAGAUGGUGCUGCUGGAGCGGCUGCGGCACCCCAACGUGCUGCAGCUCUAUGGCUACUGCUACCAGGACAGCGAGGACAUCCCAGACACCCUGACCACCAUCACGGAGCUGGGCGCCCCUGUGGAAAUGAUCCAGCUGCUGCAGACUUCCUGGGAGGAUCGCUUCCGAAUCUGCCUGAGCCUGGGCCGCCUCCUCCACCACCUGGCCCACUCCCCGCUGGGCUCGGUCACUCUGCUGGACUUCCGCCCCCGACAGUUCGUGCUGGUGGAUGGGGAACUGAAGGUGACGGAUCUGGAUGACGCCCGCGUGGAGGAGACACCGUGCACAGGCAGCGCUGACUGCACACUCGAGUUCCCAGCCAGGAAUUUCACCCUGCCCUGCUCAGCCCAGGGCUGGUGCGAGGCCAUGAAUGAGAAACGCAACCUCUACAAUGCCUACAGGUUUUUCUUCACAUACCUCCUGCCCCAUAGUGCCCCACCCUCACUACGGCCUCUCUUGGACAGCAUUGUCAAUGCCACAGCACCGUGCACUCUGCAGGAGAGCUCACCUGGGGGGUGGACGAGACCCUGGCCCAGCUGGAGAAGGUGCUGCACCUGUACCGAAGCGGGCAGUAUCUGCAGAACUCCACGGAGGCCGGCAGAGCCGAGUACCAGCACCUCCCAGGCAGUACCAUCCCCCAGGAAGACUACCGCUGCUGGCCAUCCUACCACCACGGAAGCUGCCUGCUUUCAGUGUUCAACCUGGCCGAGGCUGUGGACAUCUGUGAGAGCCAUGCCCAGUGCCAGGCCUUUGUGGUCACCAACCAGACCACUUGGACAGGUCGGCAACUAGUCUUUUUCAAGACAGGAUGGAGCCACGUGGUCCCUGAUCCCAGCAAGACCACAUAUGUGAGGGCCUCUGGCUGACCUGUCUGUGGGCUCAGCUGACCAUCCCUGCCAGCUGGGCUUGCCUGUGACUUGCACUGGCAGCACUGUAUGUCACCUGGGCACCCCUGCAGACAAGGCUGACAUCCCCGACAGACCGAGGUGACCAGGACAACGUGCAAUAAUGCCACAUGUUAAAAUGUGAGUUUACCAGUCUAGGUCUGGGACUGCUGGCUCCAGGGCAGGAAUCACGGAGGGCUGACUGCCCCUCUCACCCUCGGGGCUGCCAGCGAGGCUCAGGACGGUCUCGCCACUGGGGGCUCUGCCCCUCACUGGGACAGUUCUGUGGGCAGCCCCAUCACUGUGUUUGUAGCGCGAGAAUGUAGCCAGAGACCCUGCUGCCGUUGCUGCUGCCUGUGCCAUGGCCCGGCGGGGGCCGCGUGGGGACAGUCAGUCACAGAGUGUUCUCUUAGCCAAGCUCCAGACUGGAGACUUGAAGGGAUGCUCCGGGAGAUGGGUGAUUCUGUACCGGGGGAGGCCGCCUCUGGGCCCGACAGGGGCGCUGACCGGCCAGCCCAGGAGCAGGGGCACAGGAGCACGCGAGGUAUGAGCCAGGUCAUGGGGUUGAGGGGCAGGUAGCAGUUUGAGCCAGGACCUGGGGCGGGGGUGGGGCCGGGGCCUUUCUGCCUCAUUUGCUUUCAGUGAAAGCCGCAAAGCAGCCAAAAGCAGCCUCUCCCCGCUCCUGGUGUUUGUAUAUCCAGAAGCUUUUGUACUUCUUGUUCAUUAAAAUGUUUAUUUUUGUAAGAAAAAAAAAUCAAUUAAUAAAAGGACAUUUCAUGGCAA